AAGGUCCCACCCGGGUGCGCGGGCAUGGCGGCCAGCCUGUGGAUGGGCGACCUGGAACCCUACAUGGACGAGAACUUCAUCUCCAGAGCCUUUGCCACCAUGGGGGAGACCGUGAUGAGCGUCAAAAUCAUCCGAAACCGCCUCACUGGGAUCCCAGCUGGCUACUGCUUUGUAGAAUUCGCAGAUUUGGCCACAGCUGAGAAGUGUUUACAUAAAAUUAAUGGGAAACCCCUGCCAGGAGCCACACCUGCAAAACGUUUUAAACUGAACUAUGCCACUUAUGGAAAACAACCAGAUAACAGCCCUGAAUACUCCCUCUUUGUGGGGGACCUGACCCCUGACGUGGACGAUGGCAUGCUGUAUGAAUUCUUCGUCAAAGUCUAUCCCUCCUGUCGAGGAGGCAAAGUGGUUUUGGACCAGACAGGCAUGUCUAAGGGUUAUGGUUUUGUGAAAUUCACAGAUGAAUUGGAGCAGAAGCGAGCCCUGACGGAGUGCCAGGGGGCAGUAGGAUUGGGGUCCAAACCUGUGCGACUGAGCGUGGCAAUCCCUAAAGCGAGCCGUGUAAAGCCAGUGGAAUAUAGUCAGAUGUACAGUUACAGCUACAACCAGUAUUACCAGCAGUACCAGAACUACUAUGCCCAGUGGGGCUAUGACCAGAACACAGGCAGCUACAGCUACAGCUACCCCCAGUAUGGCUAUACCCAGAGCACCAUGCAGACAUAUGAAGAAGUUGGAGAUGAUGCGUUGGAAGAUCCCAUGCCACAGCUGGACGUGACUGAGGCCAACAAGGAAUUCAUGGAGCAGAGUGAGGAGCUGUAUGAUGCUCUGAUGGACUGUCACUGGCAGCCCCUGGACACAGUGUCUUCAGAGAUCCCGGCCAUGAUGUAGCCAGGACAAAGAACAAACCAGAAUGGACUGUGAGGGAGAUGACUCCUUUUUAAAAAAAUAUUUGAUACUUUUGGAAAUAUGAUUUGUAAGACUUUAAUACUGUUCUAGAAAUUGA